UUACCCCUACUCCUACUCUAAGUUGUCCCCCAAAUAAUGAACGAAGAAAUCAUCAAAAAAAACACCGUCAUAAUCAUUUAAAACAAAGUAAUAAUAAAGAAACGGUUACUUGUACACUUACAAAAACUGCAUGCACUACGCCUACACCUACACAAACACCUUGUGUUGAUCAACCACUCAAACAAUGUAAUUCGAGUCAUCCAGAACAAUGCUGUUCUUUGAGAUGUUCUACAACUAAUUAUGAAUUUAACUAUUGUUGUUCUGCUAAUUCGGGUGAACGAUGUGAUUUUUCUCGUCCUGAAUUAUGUUGUUCUUCCCUUGCAUGUGUGAAUAGCGUUCCUUUUCCCACUUGCUUAUAA